UGAUCUAGAUCUAGUAGAGUAAUUUAGAUUUACAUCUAGAAUUGAAUAAAAAGAUUCUAUUUCUAAAAUAUACUAUCUAGAUCUAGCUUCUAAUCUAAGUUGUUAAGUUCUACUGAUCAACUGAUCUCGAUCUAGUUAUUUUAGUCUGAAUAUAGCGAUGAUCUAAAUUAAUACAUUUUUAAAAAGAUUUUCUUUGGUUGAGUAUUAUACCAAUGGAUUGUGUCUAUUCUGCAGGUUAAACCAUUUAAAUUGUGAGAUUGGAAUGGAUAUUUCUUGUAAAUAUUAUAAAUUAUUCAGUAACAGUCUUCAGAUAUCUGAGUAAUACAAAAUAUAAUUGUUCAAGAUAUUGUUUAGUUAUUUGUUUGUUUACAACCUUAAAACAUAGCUAUAAUGGACAUGACUACAGUUGUAUGCUUGGAAUAACACUCAUAAAACAGCAUUAUAAAAUGAUUGUGAAGUAAGUCUAAAUGGAUUGAAUUUGUUGGAUAAAUCACUUAUCAAUAACCAAAAUAGUUGUCAAUUAAGACAUACUUUUCUAACGACCCUAUCAUGGUGAAUGUCAAGAGUGAAAUUGAUUACAAGUUGCCUAAAAAAAUGAAAAAGCGAAGACAAUUGGAUGCACUGGUAGACACCAUGAAAUUGCCGCGAGGUAGAAAGAACGGCUCAAGUGCUCAAGAGUUGCUAGACUACAACUCAGAUUCAUCAGAAGUUUCUGAGUUCUCAUUACCACCUAUAACUUCCAAACGAAAAAACCGAUGUUGUGUGUGUCAGAGUAUGAUAGCACGAAUCAGUCUAUUUAUAAUCUCCAUGGCGUGUAUGACAACAUGUUUUGGACUAAUCUGGGUCCAGUGGCACAUACGACAUGAAUUGAAUACUUUAAGGAGCCAGGUGCAUUCAGUGCAAUCUGCAGACAAAGCCUCACCUGAUGCUCAGUUAAAGCUACAGAAUCAAAUAGAGCAGGUGAACAAAACAUUAUUUGAUGUGAAGAAAGAAAUGGAAGGAUUCAAUAAAACCCUCAAAGAAAUGUCCAUCAAGAUCACAUCUCUGGAAGGAAAGAACUCUGAGCUUGAAAAGUCUGUUUUGGAUGCUAAAGAAUAUGUAGAUGCACCAUCCCAACUACAUACUUUAGCCAAUACUGUUGCCAAAUUGGGAAGUGACCAAAGUGCCAAGACAAUAGAAUUAGAAUCCAAACUGAAAGAAUUAGAGGAAUCAAUGAAGAAAGUAGCUCCCACAGAAGAUGCAGGCAUUAAUAACCAGUUAAUAAAGCAACAGUUGGCUGAUCUUCAGAAAAUAGUUGAAGCAGGAAUCAGCAAUCUGACUAAAGAUUUUAAUUUGCAUGAGUCCAAGAUCUCUUCAUUGGAGGUAUUAGUUCAGUCGCUAUCACAACAGUCUCCUUCAUUGAAUAGUUCCAGUAGCAGUGAGGUUGUAUCUAAACUUUCUGAGCAAGUCAGUGCCACACUGGAUGAUUUGAAACAGACUUAUCUCUCUGGCAAUGUCACAGAACGAGGAGAAUUUUUAGCAUUUAAGCAAGAAACAUUGAGUAACACAGAGAAAAUUAACCAGACCCUUUAUACCCUAAGCCAUGAGUUUGAAGAUCUCUCUUUGCAUUUGAAUACCAUAGACUCAGCUGUUUUAAAUGUGACAUCUGUAUUGAACCAGUUGAAAAAUCAGGUCAAAUACACAACUGAAACUCCAAGUCAAUCUACUUUAACUAAAACUACCAAAUAACUUCAUGUUCAUGUCAUCUUUGUACCAAUACAUAUUUUUCAGGACUUUCAAAAGAUGUGCAUUUAAAACUUAUUCAUUUUCUAAAUCUUAUAAAUUUCUAAAAAAAAAACCAAAACCAACACAUUUUAUGAAUUGCAUAAAUCUUUACCAGUCUUCAUUCAAGAAAAGAAUGUAUGUCAUCUUAUUCUUCUUGCAAUAGCCAGCCAUCAUUCCUAGUAGUUUCAAGUGUUGACGUAAAUAAUAACUGGACUUAGAUAGCGCUUGAUUUCAACAUUUUUUUCAACACACCUUUAUGAUGAACUAUUUAACAGUUCAUAUUUUUUGUUCAGUUAGACAUUAUUCACAGUGUCACUGUGUGUACAACGAUUCAAACAAAAUAAUGAUUUAAAAAAUACCUUUGGACUACACUUACAGGAUUUCAACUAAUGUGACUUCACAUUUUUAUCACAUUCAAAUGCAGCUACUUAUAAAUAAGCCAAACUUUAGUAAGUCUUAAUUUUUAAAAAGAAAGAUACCUUUCUUAAUUUUCUUUUAAAGAUGAAUUUCCUAAAUUGAUCUAUUUCUUGACAUGGCUUAAGUUAUUAGCUACAAUUUUGUAAAAUUAGUUUGAUGCAUUGAAAUCCAUCACCAAUUUGUAAUCCCUUUAUGCACUGCAUUGACAUCUAAUCAAAUGCAUAAUGUUAGUCUUGUAGAUUAUUAUUUUGUCUCAUGAUCUAUGUGAAUAAGUGUGCUUUAUUCUAUCAUGAUUAAUUUUUUUUUCUACACAUGAACCAAUUUUAACUGAAAGCACUGCAUCGAAUGAAUUUUCCAAGAGUACCUGAUAUGAUUGAAUGGAGUGAAUGACUUUGAAAAUGAAUUUGGGUGAUAGUCAUGCUGCUAUUGUUUAACCUGUAUGUGUGUCUGAUUUUAAACACUGUAUUUAAUAUAUCUGUAAAGAAUCUGGAUUUUGGCCUCUCAGCUGAUAGACAUUUGACAUUUACUGUACUCAGUAAAUCUUCAGAAAAAUGUAUUCUUGUGGUGCUCUUAUGUUUAUGGGACAUUUGGUGAACAUAGCAAAUAUUUUGAAAUACCCGGUAACCAAAUUUAGUUUAAAGCUUACUUUGUGAUGACCUAUACUUAAGUAGAAAGAGCAAGUUUGUUUUAAUGUUUCAUUUAUAUUUACGAGAGGCUGUUGCAUCAUCUCAUUUAAAUGUUAAUUAUAUACAAAUGUAAAGAUUGUAUUUAUUUAUCCUAUUUACUGAUAUACUUUUACACAAGAUUUCAAUCAUUUAAAAAGUAGUUUCUUCUCAAGUAAUAUUCUUGUUCAACAGCUGUUAUUCUUGGAAUGGUUUGCUUUUGUUGAUCUGUUUUUUUGUCAUGACAAUGUGAUGCCAACUAAAAUUCUUUCAUUUAUUUUUUAUGUGUAUUUUUUCUUUGACUUUUGUGACAAUGUUUUUAUUUUAAUUUCUCCUGCUCAGCUUAUCUUAUUGAUUUCAUUUUGUCAUCACAAAACUAGAUGCACAUGUAGCACACAGGAGUUUGAGUUGAGAAGAAAUGUUUGUAAGGCUUGUGCCCACACUUCUUAGCAGUCAGGUGGCAUUGAUUGGAUUCAGUUCUCUUUUAAUGACUAAGGCCAAAGAAUUUCGCUUUUAUUAUUGUUUUUUUUCACCCCUGAUUUCUAAGGUUAUAAAUUUUGUUUCUGUAGUAGUUCUUGUUACAUGAAAUAGUUUUUGUAAAUAUGUCAGGGAAAGAAGGUUAUAUUAGUACUUCAUGUUCAUCACUGUGCAUCUAAUAUUGUUGUACUGUUCACUCCCACCUAUUCUUAUACCUACAGAUAGAAAACAGAUUCGGGUACUGGUGAUGUCACUGUCCUUCAUCCCUAUUUAAAUUACCAAGAAUAAAUUAAAAAAAAAAAGUUUUUAUUUGACAAUACUGACAUUCAUAAAUUGGGUAAAACUGUACAUUAUUAAAUUAUUUGUAAAAGCAUCUGAAUAAUCUAUCUAGUUAUUUGACUGGCAUUCACUGGCACUGUAGGAACUGAACACAUUUUCUCUCCCUUAUAUGAUGCUCUUCUACUUAUUUUACUAUUACUUGCCUUUUUUUUUUUCUUUUUGUUUGUACAUAUUCUUUUCUUUCAUUUUAAACGUACAAAGUUAAAACACACUUAGACAUAGUCUCCAAAGGAAAGUCAAAGAAAUUACAGAUGUGUGGUUAUUAUUAUUUAUACUUUAAAAGUUUUGACAGGCCUAUCAAUAUUUUAUGUCCGCAAUUUCUUAAAGAACAUGUUAUUCUUGUAAUUGUGAUACUGUUUGUAAAAAUACAUUUGUGUUUGGCUCUUGAACAUACAUUUGAUGAGAAAUGAAAUAACCUUUUUAAGUGGUUGUAUUAUUUAUCACUAAUAUUCAUUUAGGAAAAUUUUAUCAAAUACAAUACAUUCAUAUCAAAAAAGGAUCUCUAAAAAUUGAGCUAUAACACUGGAAUUGAUGGAUGUUUUCAAUAGCUAAAUAAGAUGCUCACAAUCUUAUUCUCUAGAAAUGAUUCUUUUUAAGAAGAGGAUUUUAACAAAUUGUCUUCUGGGCAGCACAUUAUCUGUAACACUAGAAAAGGUGAUAUUAAAAUGAGUACCCUGGAA